UGGCCCCCCCGGAGGUGCCACCACAGAGGGGACAGCCCCAGGAGGGGACGUGGCCCUGGAGGGGACGGGCGGCUCCGGUGCCACCAACUGCUCUGGGGACACUUUGGGACACCUCAAUGAGGUCUCUGGAGAUGCCACCACCCCAGCUGGACCUGUCCCCACAUCCCCCGGAGGUGACACGAUGGUGGUGGCCACCGGUGGGGAUUUGGCUUUGGAGGGGACACAACAACCAGGUGUCACCAACGAUCCUGGGGACACUUUGGGACACCUCAAUGACAUCUAUGAAGAUGCCACCACCCCGGUGACCCCUGUCACAGUGUCCCCAGGAGGGGACAAGGUCCUGGUUGUCACCAGCAGUGACAUCAGUGUGGAGGGGACAAACAAGCCCGGUGUCACCGGUGACCCCAGUGACCCCGAGGGACACCUCAAUGACGUCUCUGAAGGUGCCACCACCCCGGCUGGACCUGUCCCCACGUCCCCAGGAGGUGACACGAUGGUGGUGGCCCCCGGUGGGGACGUGGCCCUGGAGGGGACAGCCCAGCCUGGUGUCACCGGUGACCCCAGUGACCCCGAGGGACACCUCAAUGAGGUCAAUGGAGAUGCCACCACCCCGGUGGCCCCUGUCACAGUGUCCCCAGGAGGAGACAAGGUCCUGGUUGUCACCAGCAGUGACGUCAUUGUGGAGGGGACAGCCCAGCCCGGCGUCACCAGUGACCCCAGGGACACUUUGGGACACCUCAAUGACAUCAAUGGAGAUGCCACCACCCUGGUGGCUCCUGUCCCCACGUCCCCAGGAAGUGACAGGAUGGUGGUGGCCCCUGGUGGGGACGUGGCCCUGGAGGGGACAGACCAGCCCAGCGUCACCGGUGACCCCAGGGACACUUUGGGUCGUGCCACCGAGGUCUACGGUGAUGCCACCACCCUGGCUGGACCUGUCCCCACGUCCCCAGCAGGUGACAAGGUCCUGGUGGCCACCCCUGAGGACGUGGCCCUGGAGGGGACGGGUGGCUCCGGUGCCACCAACUGCUCUGGGGACACUUUGGGACACCUCAAUGACAUCUCUGAAGGUGCCACCACCCUGAUGACCCCUGUCACAGUGUCCCCAGGAGGGGACAAGGUCCUGGUGGCCACCAGCAGUGAUGUCAUCGCAGAGGGGACAGAAGAACUAGGUGUCACCAGUGACCCCAGUGACCCUGGGGACACUUUGGGACACCUCAAUGACGUCUCUGAAGGUGCCACCACCCCAGCUGGACUUGUCCCCACAUCCCCAGGAGGUGACACGGUGCUGGUGGCCACUGGCAGUGAUGUCAGUGUGGAGGGGAUGGGCGGCUCCGGUGCCACCAACUGCUCUGGGGACACCGCAGGACGCGUCAUUGAGACCUACAGAGGUGCCACCACCUCUGUCACCCCAGCCCAGGGAGGGGACAACCUCGUGGUGGUCACCCAGGGGGACAUCACCGUGGAGGGGACGGGCCAGCCGGGUGUCACCAGUGACCCCAGGGACACUCUGGGACACCUCAAUGACAUCUCUGAAGGUGCCACCACCCCGGCUGGGCUUGUCCCCACAUCCCCAGGAAGUGACACGGUCCUGGUGGCCACCCCUGAGGACGUGGCCUUGGAGGGGACAGAACAACCGGGUGUCACCGGUGACCCUGGGGACACUUUGGGACACCUCAAUGACAUCUCUGAAGGUGCCACCACCCCAGCUGGGCUUGUCCCCACGUCCCCAGGAGGUGACACGGUGCUGGUGGCCACUGACAGUGACGUCAGUGUGGAGGGGACACAACAACCAGGUGUCACCAAUGCCCCUGGGGACACUCUGGGACACCUCAAUGAGGUCUAUGGAGAUGCCACCACCCUGAUGACCCCUGUCACAGUGUCCCCAGGAGGGGACAAGGUCCUGGUUGUCACCAGCAGUGACGUCAUCGCAGAGGGGACAGAAGAACUAGGUGUCACCAGCGAUCCUGGGGACACUUUGGGACACCUCAAUGAGGUCUCUGAAGGUGCCACCACCCUGGUGGCUCCUGUCCCCACAUCCCCAGGAAGUGACAGGAUGCUGGUGGCCCCUGGUGGGGAUUUGGCUUUGGAGGGGACACAACAACCAGGUGUCACCAGUGACCCCAGGGACACUCUGGGACACCUCAAUGAGGUCUCUGAAGGUGCCACCACCCCGGUGUCCCCUGUCACGGUGUCCCCAGGAGGGGACAAGGUCCUGGUGGCCACCCCUGGGGCGGUGGCCCUGGAGGGGACAGCCCAGCCCGGCGUCCCCAACUGCCCCGGGGCCACCUCAGGACGUGUCCCCGAGGUCCUGGUGGGCUCUGCCCCCACCCCCACCCCCACCCCGGUGACCCCCGACCCCACCCCCACCCCGGUGACCCCCGACCCCACCCACCCCAGAGGUGACACCGUCAUGGUGGCCCCUGGAGGGGACAUCUCCCUGGGGGCUCUGCUGUCCCCAACUGCUCUGGGGACCCUUCGGGACCCCCCAGAGGUGCCACCACCCCUGCCCGCCCCUCCCCACCACCCCCAGGGGUGA